AUGUCACUUCAUGAAUUGUCUGAUGGUAUUCUUGGAACUAAUGUUAGUUUGAAAGAUAUUGAAGAAGCUUUUGGUGGAGCAGAAUUUGGUGAAAAUGUAAAAGUUAGCAAUAUUAGUGAGAUGAAGGUAUGAGUUUUUUAUUCAAUUUUUUUCUUCCCAUCAAACUUUUUCAGGGUUUUAUGUCUCGAAUUGCAUUGAUUGAACCUGACUGGAAAAUUGACACCGGACUCCCGAAGAAGUUCGCCGUGAAAAUAUCUUCGCAGCUAGCAUUCAUGGAAGUUUCCAAACUAACAGGCAAAGCAGAUAUUGAAGAGGAAAAACUGAAAAAACUUGACGAAAAUCUGAAAAUGUUCAAUAAUCGUGAAGUUGACGUUUAUAAUUUAUUGAAUGAUCUGAAGUUUCCGGAAAUUCCUUUGAUCAAGAUCUAUGCGACUAGAAAAUUCAGUGAAUCAAAUCCGUUGAAAGCAUUCAUAAUCUCGGAAUAUGUUGAAAAUAUUUCAAAUGUCAAGUUCUAUAAUAAAGUUGAUCACAAAACUAUUCUACCAAUUAUUCGAAUUACUGAAAAUUAA